AAAUAAUCGAUUAACAAUCACCUGCACAACCAUCAAAAAUAAAACUUUUAAAUCAAUUAAUAUUUGUCACUUGAUAAAAAGGAACUUCUGACUUCAAAGACUGGCAAUAAAAAGAUUUGUCAUAACUAGAUAACAAAUCGAAUUUUAUCAAAUUAAUCACAUCUAAUGUAUUUAAAGAUUUAUAGUGAUUCUACCUUGUUAUUUCGGGUGACAAAUAUACGAUUUAUAACCACUAAAACAAAUAGUUUAUUCAUAAUUUCAUCCAAUUUUAAACUUCAAACACCUUAAACAUGAUGUGGUUCCCUGCAGUUUUAAUUUUAUUUUACAUUUCUCCAACAACCUCAAAGUUAAACGUAACAAUUCAGAGACAUUUUACAAACAAAUACGAAAUAUAUCAAAAUUAUUUUUUUAUUACACAUGAUAUAAAAAUUAUCCAAUUAAAAUAUCAUGAUGAUUUUGAUCAAUACACUGAAGACUUGAUGAAAAACUUUUAUGAACUAAAUUUAAAGUUUGUGUGGAAGGCGUUGUGGAUCGAAGAUUAUACAAUCACAGCUAAAAGUAAUUUAAAAGAGAAAAUAGAGCCUUUUGAAUCAAUUAAAGUACAAAAUGUUGAAAGGCUAGCCAAUCUAGAAAACCCACUGAAAUACAUUUAUUUUGACAAAGAAUUAUCUACAGUCAUUAUAGGAAAAGAUCCUGAUAUGAUAUUUAGUUAUCUACAAUCUGUCGAUAUGUAUAUUUUCACCAGAAAUGGAAGAGGCUUAUUUAUAAUAAUAUUAUCAUCUCCUAAUGUAAAUGUUAUUGAAGCUCAAAGAAUUCUUGUUUUAUUAUGGAAAAAGUUUUCUAUAAUAAGUGUGGUAAUUCAAAUACCUUACAGCUCUGAAUUGAGCGAUUUUGUUUUUAUAUAUAGACCAUUCAUUCCAACAGAUCAUGGUUAUGGACAAGUUCAUAUUUAUAAGUACGCCGAUGUUGUAAAUUACCCUCAUAUUUUAUUUAAUCAAGUAACAAACUUAUAUGGCUACCCUCUUAGGAUUUCAUUAUUUGAACGGUACCCAACAUCCUUAAAAAAUAUCCCUUGGUUUAUGAGAAACUCUAGAAAGUACCGUAAUAUUCAGAAUACCAGUAAAAUGUUUGGAGUGGAUGGUUUGACCAUUUCUGAACUUUCUAUAAGAAUGAAUUUCUCAAUAUCGCUUUACUAUGGUCCGAAUAGUGACUCAUUUGGUAAUGUACAAUCUAACGGUACGAUUACUGGUACUUUUGCAGAAACUAUCAAGAGGAAUAUUGAUUUGCAAGCAAACUUGAGGUAUUUAACUAUAUACGGUACAAACAAUUAUGAAUUUACCUUAUUCUAUGAUUCGGACCAAAUUUGUGUUGUGGUACCUAAAGCUGGAAGAGUACCAAAGUGGUUGAUGACUUUCCAUUUAUUCCAAGGAAAUUUAGGGUUACAUAUUUUGGUAAUCCUAAUUCUGAGCAGCGUGUUAUACAAAUAUUUAUUGAACAUAUCAUUCGCUAAUUAAUUUUUGGACAUUUUUAACAUAUUUCUAAACCAACCCAGUUUAGUCAAAAGCAACCUAACGAAAUCAAUAAAUGUCAGAAUAUUUUUAGGUAGUUUUUUGAUAUUUUCUACUGUA